GUACUUAUAGAGGACACGCUACUGCAUAACUCUCAGCUUCAGUCCUCCAUGGCCUUCUUCUUCCUGUCUCAAAAUCUCAAAUCCUAGGGUUUUUUUCAUUGAUAAUCAAAGAAUUCCUCAUACGAAAAGCUCUGUAUGUUAAAUCAUAGCUAAAGAACCAUUUUUCCGUGAGAAAGAAAAAAUGGGUCAGGCAUUUCGUCGAGCAUCUGGCAGAAUUAAAGCAUCUUCGCCGAAUAUCGAGCCAAUGGCGUCGUCAAAGCCGAAAACCGUCGUCGAUCGCCAGCCACCGGUAGUGGGUCCCAUUGACGUGUCGAAGAUCUCGAGGGCCGUCGAUAUUGAUGCUGAUGGUAACCCAAAAAUCAAUCCUGACAAUGUCCUUGAAGUACGAGAUCCAAAAUAUGAUGCCAUGCUUAGUCAAAUGACUGGUAGAAUUAGAUCAAAGCCUGGAGGGAAACUUGAGAUGGGUGAGGCAGCUGUGGGAGAAAGGUAUGAUAGGCCCAUGCCGAAACUGCGAAAUACAAAACCUGAUUCUGGCUAUGAGGAAACGCCUGCCCCUCCAGGAACUCUGAAUGUAGCACAACUUCGCCAAAUUAUUUUCCUGCACCAAGGCAAGGCUGCUGACCAUGAGGGACCUAUGGAUAUCCAACAGAUUGCUGAAAAAUUCCGAGUUGAUGUUGUGCAGGUUCAAAGGAUUGUGCAGUUCCUAUCCAUGCCUCCAGAGGACAGCAGUAAAUCAGAAAACAGUGUAUGAAGAUCAGUAGUUUUCACUUUAUCUUACAAACUAACAAUUUUUUUGUUGAAUAAGGGAUGAUUCUAAUAGGGAUUUGAAGGUUUCAUGAAGUUUUUUUAACCUGAAAUCCUGAUUAUAUAGAGCAUGAAUCAGAAACUUCCAGCUAUCAGUUUCUAUUUGAUCUCUAAGAAAUUUUGUAUGAUUUUCACGUGUAUGUGUGGUGAAGGACACCAUAAUUUCUUGAACCUUGUUGGGACAUCUGAUGUUAGCCCAAAAAAUGAGAAUUUGUUGUUUGGAUUCACAAUUGGGGAACCCUUUCCAGUUGCAUGAGAUUAUUGAACAACAUAUACGAUACUUAUUCUA